AGCUGGCAACAGUAAGCGACAAUUUGAAGUUCAACAGUGUGUCAAAUUUCACACCACCAAGCAGAAGCAAAAGCAGAGGCAGCAGCAGGAGCGGCUGCAGAUGCAGAAGCAGAAGCAAAUAUUACGUGAAAACUCGCAAAAAUGGAUACGUCUCCGUCUGUCUUGUCCAUACGCCUUCUGGUUCCUCCACUACGACUUCUAACCGGUUUCAUGUGGCAGGUUGCACAUCACCAACAUGUAGAGCACUUUGGAAAAUUGGAACAUUUUGUCUCAGUUGUUUUGAAGAGGCUGCCGGACCUUUUGAGCCCCAGACAGAAAUCCACGCUAAUUAUGGGACUUCGAACAAAGAUGUUACUGGAGAAUUGCAGGGGUGAUGUCCCUGCUGAUCUACAGACCAUCAGGAGUCAUUUAAGUGAAAUCCAGGCUCGACUUCUAAGGAAUUCUAAAAAUUCAGAACUGGAAAACUUGCAAAGACGUUUAUUAGAGCUUGUGUUAAGUCUACUGGAGGAUCCCGUUGAAAAGGAGUACUUUUUCAAGAAGGUGUAUCCUGUGGAAUAUGGGCCUGACUUUGACAAAGCGCUCCAGGUCCUGGUUGGCUAUUUCAUUUCAAGACUGGAAAAGUCCCUACCAGUGCCAAACUUUAAACAAGUGUCCUCCUUGAUAGACAGUUCCUCUCUCUGGGAUGAAUGUGAGCAGCACCUCAAUCAGCUGGAACAGCUUCAUACUCUGCAUCAGGAUGCUUUCAGUGGACCUCUGGGGGAGAGUGAUCUUCCAUCUAUAGUAGAGGAUCGAAUCAUGUCUUCCUUGUCAUUCCAAUGUGCCUCUGGUGACGGCCACAGUCGGACUAACUUGCAAAGGAUGCCCAGUCUGGAUUCACAACUCCCUACCUCUAAAGGGCCUCGAGAUGCCAAGCAGAAGUUACACAGCCAUGACCAGAGCCACAGAGACCUUAAUAUGACUUCAAAUGUGCUCAGAGUCAGAGAUGUCCAAAAACAGGCUGGAACUUCUAUUAACAAGAAACAGGGUGAUGUCUGUGUUGAAGAUGGCACAGAAUUUGACCGGGAUAAGAAGAGUGUUAUGGACGAAGACAAUGAUGGAGCACCUGUAGAGCUGACCGCCAAGCAUCCUAGUCUCACAGUUGCUCAGAACACUGAGGAGAAUCUAACCAUGGCUCCUCCUAAGCCUGAAGUUAAUCCAGCCUUGUUACAACAGGAAGAGGUCUUGGUGCUCCCAGACGUUUCCUCCAACAACAGCACAAAUAAUGCUGUGAAAGGGGCGGUAGCAGAGGUGACCUGCCAUAAUGCUGUCCAGCAAGGCCAAGACACCUUGAGGGUCGCCGUCAACAAGCCGAAAGACGUUUGUAAGCAGUAUAAGUGUGUCACCUGUGGGCUGAGACUGCCAUCCCGGGGCAAGUGGCACAGACACCGAAGAAUUCACCUGGCGGACAAACCAUCGUUCACGUGUGCUCACUGCGGCAGGGAGUUCACACGGCAGAGCAGUCUCACGAAUCAUCAGCAGUUCUGCUCACAGCCGAGCAGACUCCACGACACCACAAACUCAGAGUCCAGCCCAGCCAGUGCCCCAGCCAAGACAGACACAGGGGCGGUAGCGGAGGAGACCUGCUAUAAUGCUGUCCAGCAAGGCCAAGAAGACACCAUGAGGGUCGACAUCGACAAGCUGAAGAACGUUUGUAAGCAGUAUAAGUGUGUCACCUGUGGGCUGAGAAUGGCGUCCCGGGAAAAGUGGCGCAGACACCAAAGAAUUCACAUGGCGGACAAACAACCGUUCACGUGCGCUCACUGCGGCAGGGAGUUCAAACGGCUGAGCAGUCUCACCAAUCAUCAGCAGGCUGGAGCCAACCAGGGGGGCGACUCCUCACAGCCACCCUGUUUACAGCCGAGGAGAAACUCGGUGUCCGACCCUGCCAGUGCCCCAGCCAAGACAGAUCCAGGCCGGUGCCAGUUUUGCGGCGAGACGUUCUCCGAGGUUGCGCUGAGGCUCCACUUGAAGACACAUCCAGAGUACAGGCCCUACCACUGCAGCGAGUGUGACAAAGACUUCACUUCUACAAUCGGCCUGAAGACGCACAGGCAGCGGCUGCACACGGCGGAGAAGCCUUACCUCUGCUCCGAGUGCGGACGGUGGUACCAGAACAGGUACAUGCUCAAGCGGCACAUGGAGUUCCAUGCUGGAAGAAAUAAAUUCUACUGUUCUUUCUGCGGGAAACAGUACACCAAUCAGGCGAACUUGACCAUCCACAUCCGUAGCCACACGGGGGAGAAGCCGUACGUGUGCUCCCAGUGUGGCAAGGCGUUCGGCUCCGCUGGGGUGCUACAGGUGCACAUGCGCAUUCACACGGGGGAGAGGCCGUACAGGUGUGAGGUGUGCGACCUGCGCUGCAUCAACUCCAGCCAGUUUCGAAGACACGCGCGCGUACACAGUGGCGAAAGGCCUUUCACUUGUGUCCAGUGCAAGAAAGGCUUCUCCACCAAUUCCUGUCUUAAAAAGCACAUGUUCCUCCACACGGGGAUGAAGCCAUACAAAUGCCCCAUGUGUCCAAAAAGCUAUUGUACUCGUAAUCACUUGAAUAGACACGCAAUAACACAUCGGGAAGUAGUCCAGUAAAGGUCAGACAUUUGAAACACUUAAAUACUAAUAAUAUACAAUAAUAUA